CCCCUUUGCACUGCAUCGCUGACACCUGGUGGGCCGGUCGUCUGUCUGGUCAUUCCUCGGCCUUCUCUCCGACCUCUGCCUGUGCUUCUGGCUGGAGCAAGCUGUCCACUUGUUGAACGAGCACCUUGACUGUGUCGCGGAUGGCUGAUGCUCGGUCGGUCAGGGGCGCAGGCGACAGCUGACGAUGACCCCUGCCUGCAUCAGUUGCAGCUUCGCGAAUAAUGCUGCCUGAUUGACGGAGAGAGAGAGAGAGAGAGGAGCACACACACAGACAGUGGUUGGACGGUCAGUUGUCGGUGUGCAAGGCGUGGCGUACCUGCUCCUCUGUGACUGACGGCCAGCUUUGCCAGCUGCUUUGCAAACAUGUGGCAGACCUCAUACGCGUCACUGCGCGCUCUCAGGCCAGCUGCAGUGCUCUCUUGGAAGCGAAUCGCUUCAGCCCUCUCUUCGUCAGUCAGAAUCAGUGGGCUGCCUUCCACGCGGCUCUCGUGCGGCGGCUGCUGCUGGUGCACGAUGCCCCUCCAGGCGACAAAGUACUUGGCCGAUUUGUGCAGCCGCGUCCAACACUGAAACACAGCCACAGACAGAGACACACAGAGACACACGGAUUGAGUGGCGUCUCCUCUGAAUGACUCUAUCUACCCGUUUCACAACGGCUUCAUCCGUCUCAUCGUAAUCGUCUCCAGGUUGCUUGGUGCUGAGGUGCAUGGGCACUCUCGAGGUCACCGAUGUGCGCCUGCCGCUCUGCUUGUGGAGCGAGGCCGACACGGCGAACAUCUUGCCAGCGGCACGGAAGGAGAUGCGGGGGGAAGAAGCGGCUUUGUGUAGCUCCCUCUGUAUGUCCUCGAUGAGCUUGCGGGCCACCGGAAUGAGCGACUCGGAUGAGGCGCCGGCUGACGAGCGGGGCGUAUUGGGGCACUCGGAGGCUAUCCACAAGUCCAAAUCUGGAAGAAUGGAAUAACCAUUGCAAUACCAUGUGUGUGUUGUGUCUCAUGUGUCAGCCUACCAGUGGCCGCCCAUGACAGCAAAUCUCUCUGAAAGGCAGUGUUGGUGAACACUUCCGUCUCGUCCACAGCGGCCUUUGCGGCCUUGCCCCUCUCCCUCGAGCCGUCGCGCGAUGCGCCAGGGAAAAUGGACCCUCUCCUGCCCGACUGCCGCCGCUGCCAAUCGGCCAUCGACACAGUGCUGCCGAUGCUGCUUCGCCGCUUGGUGAAGGCCGGCUGGGGGGCCGACAGGAGAAGGGGGGCUCCUGUCUGCUCAGGGGCCUGGCUGGCCUUCAUCGCGUCUCGCAGAAGGUUGACGAAUGUCUCGCUGUCGAUAGAUGAGGGAACGCCCGAGUGCUCAAGUGCCUCGGCGAACACGGACAGCACGCCGUAUGUGAGGGGGCCGUCAUGUCCUCCUGCCUGAGGGGUGUACGGUGAGCCGCCCUCCGCCGUCAUCCGCUUGGAAGAUAUACGCCUCUUGAGAGAGCUCCGCGGGGACAGCGGCUGUGUGUGGCCAUCGUCCACAAUGCGCUGCUCUUUCAUGGCCUGGAUGAAGUCUUUCGGCGAGACCACACACCCUGACAGCCCCGUCGUGCAGUGGGUCUUGAAAGUGCGUAGCAGCAGCACGUCCUCUGCAGCCCUCGCCGUUUGCCACGCCAGCACCAAAUGCCGCACCAUGUCGCCCAGACGGACAUAGCCGUUCCAGCGAAGCGACGGCGAGGUGGGCGAGAAGGGCGAGGUGGGCGAGGUGGGCGAGCCGCACUCACUGUCAGCUUCUCCCCCCGCCAUGGCCUUUGCCGACAUGCGUAUGUUGUGCCGCUGGAUGAGUGAGAGGUUGGCCAGGGGGUUGGGAAGAGAGAGGGGGUUCAACUGAGAGGCGACCGCUGCCUCCUUGUUGAGGGCAUGGGUGGGGGAUCGGUGGGGGUCGACGGUGGAAUGCACCACAUGGCUAUCAACAAACUCUAUCAAGCUCUGCAAUUGUUCACACAGACACAUAUAUACCUUAACCAUGAUGAGGUAGGAAAGUGAGUGUGUGAGGGCAGUCACCGUGUAUUGGUUGGGAUGCGUGGUCGGGUCACACAGCCGAGGCAGCAGGCCCCUCAAACGGUCCAACGGCAACGCUAGGGUGGGAGGAUGUAGCGGGGCCUUCUCGCUCAACCGUGUCUCCGUCCCCCGACUGAUGGCCCCAACAAAUGACGGCGAAGAGCCAGUGUCCCCGGGAAGGGCACAGAAGAGCUCCCUCAGCGCUUGAGAGACAUACACACCCAAGUCACGCCUGAAGAAUGGGUUCUCGUCAGAGAAGAUUCCCACGAUGCGACCGAACAGGACGCCAACAGAGGACAGCUCCGUCGCCCCCACGUCAUCUUCAGGAAGCGCCCGCUGUUCGUACUCGCCAUCCAGGUACGCACUGCACGAUUCAUGUUCCCUCCCUCCGCCCUUCGUGUAGGCGUCAUCGCCUCCAGGGAAGAAGUAAUGAAGCGACCGCAGAAACGAAAACAGUUCCACCUUAGCGAAUGGGACCACUUGGAACUGGUGUAGAAAGUAACAGAAGGUCACGUGGGCGAGGGAAGGCAGCCUGUUCUGCGGCACAUUGUCGUAGAGAGAUGGCGCUUGCUCAUCGUCUCUCGGCGUCGUCGGUUGCUCGGGUGUGGACACCUGGCUUGGCACCACAGUCAGCACAGGGCGGCCCUUGCGUCCCGUAGGCGAUGAUGGCUUCGAUGACGGCACGCGAGACAGCUGGACAACAGAGGAGGUGGGCUUGUGGUAGCUGCGAAGGAUGCCGUCAUAGUAGGCAAAGAUGUGAAGAACCGUCUCGAGAACAAGAGAGAGCGGGCGGAGGGGGAACAGAGUCCAUGCAGAGGUGAAUGCCGUGUCGGGCGCCUCCCCACAUCGACUGCCGACCAGAAAAGAGUGAAAGUCACCCAGCGGCGGUAGCAAUGAAGGGUCCCUGUACACAGUUGUGGGCAGAGAAAGGACGGCUGGGGUGGCUGGGGCGUGCACAGCUGCUGAGACGGGGCGGACGGCGAGGAAUUCAUUCCUUGACAGAAAAUCCUCGAGCAAAGCUGACUCCUGUCGACACCAGCCAGAGCUUGAGGGGAUGUUUUUUUUACACCCACCCACCUCAGUCUGCGUCUCGAUGGAUAUGUGCCGCUCCCGAUAUCGGCGCUUCGGUGACAAAUCGAGCUCGGUCACCGCAACCGAUGUAUCCCGUUCCACCUCUGCUGUUCUCCCAAGGUCGAUCUUCAAUUGGGAGACCUCAGAUCUCACUGGACUGAUGUCGUCCUUGUGCAGCGGGGAUGCCUCGCUCCUGUCUGCGUCUUCCUCCUCCAAAUGAUCCUCGUACAAGAGGUUGUACCGUGCCCGGGAUAAAUCGAUGCGCCGAAUGGUCUGCAGGCGUGACAGCCGUGAGUGGAUCCGAUGAUUCCAGGCAUCUCACCUGCUGCAGGUCGCUGCACUUCGUCUGCAGCCGGAGGUUGAUGUUGAGCUGCUCAGACAUGACCUUGUGAGCGUCCCUGGCGCGCCGCGUCAUGGCGUGCAGCGCCUUGUGCUGCGUGUCUCGAUAUUUGUUCAAUGCCCUCAGAAGUUCCUCCCAGUAAUCCAUGACGAAGAUACGUAGAUGCUGCACACACGGGGCGUGGCUCGGGAGGGAGCUGACUAGGUGACGCUGAGGCAAGGACACAGGGGACUCCGGAGAUUCACAGAACGUCUGAAAGUAGCUUACUUGCAGUUCCAGCAUCUGACCCUCGUAUACUUCUAGAAUCCUCCUGAACUCACUCAACAUGCCGUCGCUGGCUUCACAACAUCGCCAUGCCUCAUCGAUGUCGUCAACCAGCCAGUCCUUGCGCAGCAGAGUGUCAACACUCUCGACACUUUUUUCGCACUUCACGGCCUCUCCUGCCUCUUCCGUGUCUUCCACUUCAUCUUCUCUCAGCCCGGCACCGCGCAGAAACGAGUCAUAGAAGGUCUUGGGAGGCGGCAGCUUCUCACUACGAAGCAUGUUGUACAGGGAUGCGAUCAAGUACCGUGCGUCCUCCUCGCCAACGCCGCACUCGGGCUCUUGUGCCGGCUUCUCGGUCGUUGUAUCUUCCUGUGUUUGCUCGACCUCUUUCUCCGCCUCUCUCCAUCCUCUCUGCUGUGUCGCUCCAGCAGUGGUGGGGAGACGUGUGGAUGACGAGGCCGUGCGAGACGCCGGCGAGACCGCCCUUUCACUCGUCUCGACAAUUGCCAGCUGGGCCUUUUGCUUCGGCGAUGGCCGGCGGGGUCUUGCUGGAGCAGUCCGCGAGGGCGAUUCCUGUCUCUCUCCAUGUUUCUCGGUCAUCGCUGCCUCAGACACCGGCAAAGGCGCAGGCCCUUCACCGAGAUGAAUUGUAGUCGACGCGGGCCGCCGCUGCUGUCCCAGCUCGAUAGGCUUGACCUUGGCAGAUGCCGCCGUGCCUGGACACGAUGGGCCAAUGCCUCGCAGGUCGGUAGGCUCCCUCAAGGACAGGGAGAACCGGUGUGACAUGUUUGGCCGGGACAAGUCUUGUCUCUGCAUGAGCUCGGUCAUCGGCCGACAGCCGUCGCACUUGCGAGAAGGGGGAUGGCCGGGGGAGGGGGAGGGAGGGGGGGACGAUGCGGCGGGCGAGGGCUGCCUCCUUCUUUUCUUGGCCUUGGUUGACGCCUCCUCGCGGAGCACAGUGGUCGUGAGGUCUGUUGCUGCUGGCUGUGGGUGCAUCCGCUCAAGCUCCGCAAGAUACGACUCAAAGCCUGGAUGAAUGAAUCCACCCAAAACACACAGGUCUGUAGAGUGCCUGUCUGCCUGUGUCCGCUCGUGCUGCUCAUUGCUUGGUCAGAUUACUCAAGAGACUUUCCACAGCCCCACGCCACUCCUGAUAUGAACUCUGUGGCGGCUCGUCCGGCAGCGUCCUUUCGUCGCUGAACAUGCUCAGACCUGCGUUGUCAAAGAGCCUGCAUUCAUACGACACAGUGUCACACAGUGAUGGCGCAGGAGGAUGGCCGGCCACGAAGACACUAUCAGAUCCUUCAUCUCCAGCCCCGACCUGUCAUCUGUUUCGUCAGCUUUCCCCCCAAGACGCGAUGCCUUGAACGGUGUUUUCAUCCCAACAUUCUCAACUCGGUGGGUGAAGGGAUACCUUCCAACUUCACAAACAAAAGAGCAUGGGGUGUGACUCACAAUAAAUCACUCUCACCUGUCGUGUUUUCCUCUUGCAAGGGGCGCAUAGGAUUCAUUGUCAUCG